AUGGCGGCGCCCACAGCCGGGGGGUCCCGCGGGCCCGAUCCCGGCGGGGGGACCCGAGGGCUCGAUCCGGGAGCGGCUCCCUACGGGAACUUCCCGAAUUAUUCCCGCUUCCACCCUCCCGAGGGCCGCGUCCGCCUCGUGCCCCCCGGGCUCCUGCAGACGCUGUUCCCCGAGGGCCCCCACCCGCUCCUGGCGCUCGAUGUGGGCUGUAACUCCGGGGAGCUCAGCCUGGCCCUGUACCGGCACCUCCUGGGGCUCCGCGAGGGCGAUUCCCGCCCGGAUCCGGAGGCGGCCGGGAAGCAGCUGAACCUGCUGUGCUGCGACAUCGACCCGGAGCUGAUCCGGAGGGCCCGGCAGAGCAGCCCCUUCCCGGAAUCCGUGUCCUUCGUGCCCUUGGACAUCAUGGAUCCCGACUCCAGGGAUCCCUUCCUGAGCUCCCACCUGGAGCGUUUCGGCCGCUCCCGCUUCGACCUCGUCUCCUGCCUCUCCGUGACCAUGUGGAUCCACCUCCGGCACGGCGACGGCGGCCUCCGGCAAUUCCUGGCCUUCCUGGCUUCCCUGGGAUCCGUCCUGCUCCUGGAGCCCCAGCCCUGGAAGUGCUACCGGGCGGCGGCGCGGCGGCUCCGGAGGGCGGGAAGGACGGACUUCGAGCACUUCCGGUCCCUGGGGAUCCGCGGGGACGUGGAGGGAGGGAUCAGCCGGAUCCUGACCCGGGAAUGCGCCAUGGAGAGCCUGGGCUGCCUCGGGAGCACCGACUGGCACAGGAGCCUCCUGCUCUUCAGAUCCAGCCGGGAAAGGGCUCCGGAGCGGCCCCUCGGAUCCGGGGAGUCGGAGGGAGAAUCCACCAGGAAUUCCUGAAUCCCAACUCCUGA